AUGGCUGGUCGAGCCUCGUAUCCCAACCUGGGUCGGACCGCCCCAGGUCCCGAUCGUUCUGCACGAUGGGACAGAGAUCGCUUCUUUGAUGAACGGGAACAUAACAUGACCCUUGAGCGUAGCCGCGGCCCUGAUCGCGACCGAUUCGAUGCCCUUCCUAUCCGAACUCGCAACCCAGACGACGAUGAUGACUACUUCCGCCAGAGCCGUCGUGUACCUCCGCCAAGGGAGCACUCCGUCGAUGAACGCUUCACGCACGACCGCCGAGCCAGUCACCCACAUAUCGACGAGGAAGAGGACGAUGAACUACUUGUUCGUGAACGGCGCCGUGUUAUAUACGACGAUAUGGAGACUCCCCGCCCUCCCUCUACUAUACGCCGACGGCCGUCUCCUUCCGAAAGCUCCUUCACCCGCCGAAGGCCAUCUCCCGAAAGAGAAAGAUUCCGCAGCCCAUCUCCCCCAAGACGCCCUACUGCUAGGAUGAUGAGACGUACUUCCAGCGUCGAUACCUAUGACCGAAAGCCAAAUGGCUUCUACGACCGCGAAGAGUAUGGCCCGCCAGCCAGGAGGUCCGACUACCGCAUUCCUGCCAAUGUACCUAUCCCUCUGCCCCGGCACAGGGCGCUGCCUCCACCAAGAGUUUACGCCGAACACGACUACUUCCGAGAUAUUCAAGUUUCGGAUCCUCAUCGAUAUGGUGACGAGGAGUUCCACGCGUUCCAAGGGGGAGAAAAGGUCCGCGAGCGCGAGUUCGAGAAGGAGGUUAUCCACACAAGGCGCAGCCGGAGAGACCGGAGCAGGGACUCGCGCGCUACCAGUCGCAGCCAUCGCAGCAGCCGCCGAAGCAGUUCUGUGGCAUCCAGCACUAGCAGCUCCUCGAGUAGCAGCGGCGGUACCACCAUUACAUCCAAGAGCGAGUAUCCGAAGAAGGGAAAGACAAGAAUUCCUUCUCGCCUACUGUCGAGGCGGGCCCUCAUUGAGAGUGGCUAUCCAUUUGUCGAGGAGGGCACUACUACCAUCAUCCAGAAAGCUCUCGGUCAAGAGCAUAUCGAUCAUCUGCUCAAAAUGAGUGACGAGUACAAGAAGGCUGAACUUGAAAUCCAAGCCUCUCGCUCGAGUGCCGGUGAUAUCAUUGAGGAGCACGAAGAGCGCCGAACGGAGAUCAUCGAAUACACCGACACAACUAUUCCCGGGCCACCACAUCAUACAACACACUACACUCAAACCACUACUCAUGCUCACCCGCAUGUCCAUACUACCACCGUGCACACCCACCCACCUGUUCAAGCCACAUAUACCCAGCCAGUCAUGGUGAACGCGGCUCCGCCCGUACAGACUCAACAAGUCGACUUCGCAAAGACUGUCCAGGUCCGCGAAGUCUCUCCAUCCCGGGCUUCCUCCUACAGCUCAUGGGACAGUGCCUCCUCUUGGACCGACUCAACCUACACGACGGGUACCUCAUGCUCCACUUGCUCAACCGCAACUGUCACACCACGAGGACAUGUACACGCCCCCCAAGUGGUUCACGUCGCUCACCCCGAAGAAACUUUCAAAGAGUUGAGAGAAACUUCCAAAGAGUUGAUGGUUCUUGAUAAGAGUCACAGCAUGAGCCGAAGCCGCAGUCGCCAUCGCAGUCAAAGCCGUCGCCAUCGCAGUCGAAGCCGUCGCAGCCGUAGCCGCCGCCGUUCGUACGAGUCAGAGAGUAUCCAGUCCGAGAUUAGCCGCCUCGAGAGACAACUGGCCCGCAAGGAACGACACGGCAGUAGGGGCGAUAUCGUCAUGGCUGAGCGCCUAUCCACCGGCGAGGUGGUCCUGCUUGAGGAAAAAGUCGAGAGGAUCGAGGAGCCCAGAAAGGGCGUGAGGCUUGAGAAGGACAAGAGAGGUAGGCUGUCUAUCAGUGUGCCGAGGAAUCGCCGAUAAAGCGUCACUUGCGGUGCGUUUGUCAUGUGUGAUUUCUUGGGUUGUGGGAUGUCUUGAGACAGACGUGCUGACUUUCUUGUUUACAGGUCCCCCGCCGAGGUUGAUGAAGGCCAUGUUGGCUACCUUGACUUGAGAAGAAACGGUCAGCUAGUGGCUAGACGCGUUGUCGGUUAUGACUAGUAGACUUGGAUACGCUCUUUCUUAAAAUGUUCUUGGAUACCCGAAUUAUACGCUCCCUUCUUUAUGAUAAUGAUUUUGACUUCCAUGAGCCACAUGUUACA